CGAACUUAGCUUCCUCCUUACUUCCCAUCUCAAGGACCUAUAACUUGAGUAAAUAUUUUUUGAAAGUAUUCCUAUCUUAUAUUAGUGGAGUCAAGUAAAAACCUACUGUAAUCUCCGUUGCGUUUGUACACGUCAGUUGCUAGCUACUGCGACUUGUUCGAUGUCAGGUGGGGUAUAGCAUGAUCCAUGCCACCUCCACUUGUCAUCCAGAGCCCCCUCCUUUUGUCAAAACAUUUGUGUCUCAUAUACACUCAUCUCUCUAUUUUUCAGCAUGGCGCCUAGAAUCAUCUGUGUCGUGGGUGCAACGGGCAACCAAGGCGGUUCUGUCGGCCGUCGCUUUGCCCAGGAUGAUCGUUUCAAGGUGCGAGCCUUGACGCGUAACACUGCCUCGCCAUCCGCGCAAAAGCUUGCAAGCGAAUAUCCUGGCAUCGAACUAAUCACUGCAGAUCUCGAAGACGUGAAGAGCCUAGAGAUUGCCUUCAAAGGAGCGAAUGUCAUUUUCAGCGUCACUGAUUAUUGGGAGCCUUUCUUCCGUCCAGACUGUAGACAGGAGGCUCAUGAGAUUGGGAUAUCGUGUCGCAAAUAUGCCUAUGAUGUGGAGUAUAGGCACGGCAAGAACAUCGCUGAUGCUGCCGCGACCACCGUGCGUACACUCGACGAGAAUGGGUUCCUGGUAUCCACGUUGAGUCAUGCACGCAAAUGUAGCGGCGGCGAGUACAAACAGCUAUAUCAUUUUGAUGCGAAGGCGGAUGUCUUCCCUGACUAUGUGAAGGAGAGAUAUCCGGCUUUGGCCAGGAAGAUGUCGUGCAUUCAGACGGGAUACUUUAUGACCAGCUACAGGAUCUUGCCUGAUUCUUACCUCGCAAAGCAAUCUGAUGGGAGCUUCCAGACUCGCUUUCCUACCACUCCCGAUAAGCCGACUUUUCAUCUGGAUGUCAACGCAGAUACAGGGAACUUUGUCUAUGCCGUGGCCCAGAUGCCCGCUGGCAACCAUUACAUGGCUUGCGGCACGACCUGCACUUGGUCUGAGUACAUGAGGUUAUGGAGUAAAGUAACCGGUAUGUCAGGCACUUACAAACAGGUCACUCCACAACAAAUGAUCGAUGUAACACCGGACAAGCCCUGUGGUGAAGAGGUCGCUGACAUGUGGUCGUAUACAUCUAACCCGGGCUAUGAUGGUGGCAUGGAACUUUUGUUUGCCGAUGACGUUAGAAAGGCUGGAAUCGAUUGCCCGAUGACUACCUUGGAGGAGUGGAUGGCAAACCAUGAUUGGAGUGCGGUCUUGAACAAGUGAUUCUCAGUAAGGUUGAUAUACAAUUCAUAACUAUUAACUUUCAA